UACUGCAUUAUAUUCAUCUGAAUGCGUGUCUCUGAAUAAACAAAUCACAGUCUUUGCAGAGGGGUCGUGGGGCUCUGUAUCCCCUCCCUCUAGUAUUAUUUGAAGAGGGUGCUAGAGUAGAGUAAUAAUUUUCUCUCUCGAUUGACUGCCAUUGUUGGUCUUCCUCUCAUCUCAUCUCCACUGAACGCUCCCUUCCUCCAUUGCGCUCCCUGGAAUAAUCAAGAUCCAUCCGCCCUUGUUUCUGAUCUCAUCCCGCCUCCCCUGGCCAACUGACUGCCCUAUUGGUGACCGUGGACAUUUUGGGUCCAGGGUGGCAAGAACCAUGGAGCUUCCGGUCAUUAUUCAGAGCAGCAUGCAUGGAAUCCAGUGACCCUGCUAGCGGCCUGAUCGAGUGAAGCAGCGCGCCAUCUUGUCCCCUCCACCCCUCCAUAUCCGGUGCAGCAAAGCUACCGGAUCUGGCCUCUGGUGCCCAGCCGCCGCUUCCGCUUCGUUGUCCGCCGAUCAUCCGACGAGGACGCCGCCGCUGUGUUCUGCUUUGCCGUGAAGAACAGAAGCUUGUUGGGGAUCUCAUCCGAACUCGGAGCUUGCUUCAGAGUCUGAUUUGUGUUGCUUGAUUCAAGAGUGGCAGUGGAACAGCAAGCAAGAACCAUACAGUUUCCAGUCAUUCAAAGCACGAUGCCUCAAAUCCACUGACCCAGCUAGCGGCCUGGUAUAUUUAUCUGCUGAUUGGCUAGCGGCCUGGUUUCUAGCUGAUUGGUGCUAAAGAAAGCUGCUCAUGGAGGUCACAACGGGUGCCAUGGGCAGCCUGCUCCCCAAGCUGGGCCAGCUGCUCAUGGAUGAGUACAACCUGCACAAGCGCGUCAAGAAAGACGUCCGCUUUCUCUCCAUGGAGCUUGAGAGCAUGCACGCUGCCCUCAUCAAGGUUGGUGCCGUGCCGCGGGACCAGCUCGACACGCAAGUCAAGCUCUGGGCCGAUGAAGUCAGAGAGCUCUCCUACAACAUGGAGGAUGUGGUCGACAAGUUCCUGGUACGUGUCGAAGGUAUUCAGCAGCCUCACGACAACACCGGCAGAUUCAAGGAGCUCAAGAACAAGAUGAUCAGCUUGUUCAAGAAAGGCAAGAAUCACCAUCGGAUAGCUGACGCCGUCAAGGAAAUCAAGGAGCAACUCCAGGAGGUGGCUGCUAGGCGUGGCAGGAACAAGCUCGAUGGUAUUGCUUUUAAUCCCACAGAAGCAAUUGCUAUCGAUCCUCGGCUUCGGGCGUUGUACACAGAAGCGACAGAGCUGGUGGGCAUUUAUGGGAAGAGGGAUGAAGACCUCUUGAGUUUGCUCUCCAUUGAGGGUGACGAUGCAUCUAACAAGAAACUGAGGAAGAUCUCCAUUGUUGGAUUUGGAGGGUUGGGAAAGACCACUCUUGCUAGAGCAGUAUAUGAGAAGAUUAAAGGUGAUUUUGAUUGUCGGGCAUUUGUCCCCGUCGGUCAAAACCCUGAUGUCAGGAAGGUUUUUAGGGAUAUCCUUAUUGAUCUCGGGAAAUCCCACUCAGAUGUUGUCAUGUUGGAUGAAAGGCAGCUUAUCAACAAGCUUCAUGAAUUCCUCGAGAACAAGAGGUAUCUGGUCAUAAUUGAUGAUAUAUGGGAUGAAAAAUUGUGGGAAGGCAUCAACUUGGCUUUCUCUAACAGGAAUAAUCAAGGCAGUCGGCUAAUCACCACAACCCGCAUUGUCAGUGUCUCCAAUUCAUGUUGCUCGUCGGCUAAUGAUUCGAUUUAUCAAAUGAAACCUCUUUCUACUGAUGAUUCCAGAAGGCUCUUCCAUAAGAGAAUAUUUCGCGACAAGAGUGGAUGUCCAAAUGAAUUUGAACAAGUGUCUAAAGAUAUAUUGAAAAAAUGUGGUGGGGUACCACUAGCCAUCAUUACUAUUGCUAGUGCUUUGGCUAGUGGACAGCACGUGAAGCCAAAGCGUGAGUGGGAUGUUCUGCUCCAAUCCCUUGGCUCUGGACUAACAGAAGAUAAUAGUUUAGAGGAGAUGCGGAGAAUACUCUCUUUCAGCUAUUAUAAUCUACCGUCCCAUCUGAAAACUUGUCUACUGUACCUAUGUAUAUAUCCAGAAGAUAGCGAGAUUAAUAGAGAUGGACUGAUAUGGAAGUGGGUGGCCGAAGGAUUUGUCCGCCAUGGAGAUCAAGGGACCAGCCUGUUUUUGCUUGGAUUAAACUACUUCAACCAGCUCAUUAAUAGAAGUAUGAUCCAGCCAAUAUAUGAUCGUCUCGGCCAGGUACAUGCUUGCCGUGUACAUGAUAUGGUUCUGGACCUUAUCUGCAAGUUGUCACAUGAAGCAAAGUUUGUUAAUGUAUUGGAUGGAACUGGGAAUAGCAUAUCUUCACAAAGUAAUGUCCGCCGUUUGUCCCUUCAGAAUAAAAAGGAAGAUCAUCAAGCCAAGCCUCUCACAAAUAUCAUGAGUAUGUCACGAGUGAGGUCAAUUACUAUCUUUCCACCUGCUGUUAGUAUCAUGCCAAGUCUGUCAAUGUUUGAAGUUCUGCGUGUACUUGAUCUUUCGGACUGUAACCUUGGGGAAAGUAGCAGCCUGCAGCUUAACCUCAAGGGUGUUGGACAUUUAAUCCACCUAAGGUACCUUGGUCUAGCAGAUACUGGAAUCAGGGAACUGUCGGCUGAGAUAGGAAACCUGCAGUUUUUGGAGGUGUUGGAUCUUGGAAGCAAUUUUAGAACCAGGGAAUUGCCUUCCACUCUUUUUAAUUUGCGAAGAUUAAUCUACCUAAAUGUUUAUCUCGAUAAGGUGGUUCCAACUCCUGGUGUGUUGCAGAAUCUGAAAUCCAUUGAAGUGUUGAGGGGGAUCUUGGUCUCUCUGAACAUUAUUGCACAAGAGCUUGGCAAACUGGCAAGGCUGAGGGAGCUUCAGAUUCGCUUCAAGGAUGGUACUUUGGAUUUGUAUGAAUGUUUUGUGAAGUCUCUGUGCAACCUACAUCACAUCGAAAUUCUAAUUAUUGGUAACAAUUUCGGAGGAACAUCUUUUGAACUGAUGGAUCUCUUGGGAGAAUGCUGGAUGCCUCCUGUACAUCUCCGCGAAUUUGUGUCGUACAUGCCCAGCAAACUCUCAGCUCUGCGAAGAUGGAUAAAGAGAGACCCCUCGCAUCUCUGGAACCUCUCCGAGUUAAUCCUCGGGUCAGUGAAGGAUGUGCAGCAGGAGGACGUGGAAAUCAUUGGGGGGUUGUUGUCCCUUCGCCGUCUCUGGAUAAAGAGCACCCACCAAACACAGCGGCUGCUAGUCAUCCGUGCAGAUGGGUUCCGCUGUAUGGUAGACUUUGAGUUGAAUUGUCGAUCAGCAGCGCAGAUCAAGUUUGAACCAGGAGCUUUGCCGAGGGCGGAAGCAGUUGCGUUCAGCCUGGGCGUGCGGGUGGCGAAAGAGGAUGGAAACUGUGGUUUCGACUUGGGCCUGCAGGGGAACCUGCUCUCCCUUCGGGGGGAUGUCAGGGUUUGGAUGUAUUGUCGUGGAGCGAGGGUUGGGGAGGCAAAGGAAGCGGAGGCUGCGGUGAGGCACGUGCUCAAAGCCCAUCCCAACCAUCCCCCGAUUGACAUUGACAUGUUGCCGCGUAUAGCAGAAGAUGCUCAUGAUGACGAUUUGUGUGAGGAGAGGAGGAGAACUGAUUUCACCUUGCGUCAGGUAGCAGGGGCGCGGGACGGCGUGGUUACUGCUGGUGGCAUCGGAGAUGAAUGUUUCACAAACAUUUUUGGGUGGGUGCUGGCCGUGCAAAGAUUUCGAACUUUGCUGGAAGUUGUGUGAUGAACUUCUUUUAAAUGGCAGUCACUUGCAGAAAGAGAUAUUGCUUGGUUUUGUAAUGAAUAAGUCCUUACAAGGAUAGCUUUGCUUUGCUUUAGUUGAGGGCCAUCGUUGCUCCUCUGUUUUGCAUGUUGUUACAUGGGAGGGCUAGCCCAUGACAUACUCGUGUAUUUUGUUUUUAAGCUGAACCGGAUAAACCUGAGGGUGUAUUAUCAGUUUCAUGAUGAAUGAAAUCUGAGCUCUUUAAUUCAAAUAAAAA